CUCGCCAGAGCCACUGCCAGAGCUACUCUGAACUCAUCGAGGUUUAUAAUGUGCAGAACAACGAAAAAUAAAAGGUUCCGAACACAUAAGUAGGGGUGUAUUAGAAACAGGAAGAAAUUUCCUGGAUGCAUCUCUAGAGAGUAAGGAAGGAAGCCCUUACACAACAGAAAAAUACCAGUAUGCUAAUCUGGUUUUGGAUGAUACCUCUGGUGCUACAUGAAGGGUUUGGUAUAGACCAGCCGUACAGAGAAGUGAAUGGUACCACGUGUCAGGAGAUUGUCAUACAGCCUAAUUACCAGACUCGUCUACCCUGCACAGGGAAAGAUGAGAGAUAUCACUGUCUUCUGAAUGAGGAUUACACCAAGGAGUAUGAAGUUUGCAGAGAGUGGAAGUGGAUUCCAAAAGACAAAUGUGCGUACUUCAAUACUUAUGGAAGUGGAAAUGUGGAUGAGAGAGACUGUAAAUCCACCCCUGAUCUAUCUUGUGCUGUCAAGGAAUACAACUCAGAUAAUACCCAAUAUGCUGCCUGUUAUGUGAAAAAAGAAAUGACAACUGUACCAAUCUUAGAAAAAGGCAUAAAAUGGUAUUAUGGUACUUCUGGAGGGACGGGAGUCUGUUCAACAAAUAACCAGCACAGGGAGAUGCUCCUCCCAAUGUUUUCAUAUAUUUUCUUGCAACAUUUUAUCAACCAGUGAUUCACAGAGAAACAAGAGCUAGUGAAAGAUGAUGGAGAAAAAAAAUUAAUAUCGUUAAGUAUUUCAUAGCAGCAAUUUUUCACUACCUCAUCAAAGUCGACAGGUACAUGUACUUAUUAUGUUUGGUUAUUUGUAUUGAUGUACCUGGUAAUUGUACCUACACAUUGAGUGCCCUCAGGGGGAUAUAAGAAGAGCAUUUUUAUUGUUUCUAAAAAUAAAAUUUUAAGACUGCAAAUGUCUCAGUGUAACAGCUUCAGACUCCAAGUUUAACACAUGAACUUAAUUUUUCAAAUUUUUAUUUCAUUAAUUGCUAAAUCAAUAGAUUGCAUAUUUGUCAAUAUUUAAAGCCAUUCAAUUUUAUAUAUUGUUAAAUCCUGAAUGUUACAUUUUUAAUUAUGAAUAAUUCAACAAUAUGGAUAACUUAUGUUGGUUUUGGAGAAAGACUAAUAAACAAAGACCAUCAACAAUUUAAAUUAUUACAUGUAUAUGUACAUUAUUAAGAAAAAUAUGUACAAAAUAUUCUAGAAAUAUACCUAGGCAUUUAAAUUUCAAAUUCAGAAAAUUUUGUAAACUGAAAGUAUCAGGUACUGGAUAUGUAAAAAACUAAAAAUAAUUAGUUGUUUGGAUCUUGUAGAUCUUAUUUUAAUUAUUAAUAUGAUACAUAGUACUGCAGAACAGGUACGGUACUUUUAAUAAACUGUUUAAUGA